AUGUUUGUGUAUUCUUGUUUGUUUCCUGAAGGUUCGCAGAAAUCGGUGGGCAAGAUGUUCAGCUGUUGCCUGCAGCCCAGUGUGGAGGUGGAGAAUGACGAGCUCCUUGUAUCCGAGAGCAGGCUACAAAAAUGGUGGUCCGAACAGGUGACCUUUGCGAGCAUGAGAAGAUGCAAAGAGAAGAAGAAGAACUCAUCGUCGGUCAAGUAUCGACGUCGACACCUAUGUGGUGGUGAAGAAGUGUGCGUGCGGAUCUCCAAGGAAGACCUUACAGGACCUCCGCAUGAGUUCAUAAAGGACAGCAUGUUGGCGGGCAAGGUCACGUCGUACGAGGAGUUUCGGGAGCCCCUCUGGCCUUUUUGUUGCUUCAUGCCCGAGGGCAACCCCUUUUAUCACACGUAUGCUGUGUUGUCCAUCAAUUUCGGAAGAUCGAGAUGUUGGUGGGAGAGGGCUUUGACCUUGUUGGAAUCCCUCAACAUUUCAGGGCCUUCCACGGCGUUCCAGAACCCAGCAGGGAUGUGA